GAUUCUACUGACGUGGUGGACAGAGUGGAGUUGGGAGGAACUACUGAAAACAGGGGGCGUUGGGUUAAAGCCCCCCUUGCGUGCGCGCGGAUUGGAUGCGUACGUGCGUAAAAGCCGUGCGUAAAGCGGGGAUGUGCCUUGCCGAGCUCAUGAGUGCAGAGGGACAGCGCGCAGAAGUGACUUUAAGAGGAACUCCCUUCCUCCGUGGGAACAAUAUUAUGGAGUUGGGGUUUUAUAAAUACGAGCACAACAGUUUCUCAAACAAACUUAAAGCAAAUAGACUGGCGACACGAACAAGAACUUAAAAAGAAGCAACCGAAGUUCAAACAUGAAUAAUGUUACGUGGGUGGGUGUCGUCGUGUUGGUUUUCUCGGGGGGAAGAGCCGGCGGGGCAGAGACGAAUAACGGAUGCUGCAUUGGGAACGAGUGUUUCACUGUGUUUCCGGAUCCAACCAACUUCUUGACCGCACAAACUCAGUGUGAAGACAAAGGCGGGCAUUUAAUGACAGUGCGCUCCUCUGUGGCGCACGAUGUUCUUUCCAUGUUGUUGGGGACCUUAACGGGAAAAUUCUGGAUAGGUUUACAUCUGCCGUCCGGCUGCCCAGACCCCGCCGCUGCUUCUGGGCUCAAUGGCUUCCAGUGGGUAACCAAAGACAGCAAGAGCGACUACUCCAACUGGCGGUCAGAUUUCGACAGCGGCUGCUCUGCUCCUCGCUGCGUCUCACUUUCCCCAGAGGACGAGUUUAAAUGGACCCAGGCGCCGUGUGAAGAACACGUGGCCGGGUUUCUCUGUGAAUACAGCUUCAGUGAACCAUGUAUGCGCUUUCCAGCUGCACCGAACGAGACUGUCUUCUACGUAACUCCAUACGGGUUUUCCGGGGAAGACGUGCUCUCUUUGCCUCCUGGAAGCACCGCUAUUCAAAGGCCGUCUGGGAAGCGACACAUCUGUUUUUCCGAAAGCUGGCUGCCAGCCCCCUGGAGCUGCGACAUCAAUGAAGGCGGGUGCGAAUAUAGAUGCGGAGUGGGCCCCGAUAAAGCCCCGUCCUGCUACUGCCCGCCGGGAAAAACCGUCAACACUGUAAAUGAAGUGACCUGCGAGGUGCAGGUGACUGACGAGCCGUGCCUGGCCCUGCGCUGCGACCACUUCUGCUAUGAAGUUGGAGGCUCUUACGAGUGCGCCUGCGACCACGGCUUUCAGCUGGGGGAUGACGGCAGAUCGUGCUUGGACGUCAACGACUGCGCGGACAAGCGGCAGUGCCCCGGGGAGAACCUCAUGUGCGUCAACACCGUCGGCCGGUUUGAGUGCGUCUGCAAGCCCGGAUACAUAAUGAAAGAAGGAGAGUGCGAGGACGAGGACGAGUGCACUUCUGCUCCGUGUGAGCACAAAUGCAUCAACACCCCUGGGAGCUACAGCUGCUCGUGCUAUGACGGUUUUAGAGUGGACCCAGAGUCGCCGGGUAAGUGCGAACUUCACUGCGCGGCGCAGGAGUGCACCGCAGAGUGCGACCCAAACAACAGGUUCCACUGCUACUGUCCUGACGGCUUUCUAUUAGAGGAGAGACCCGGCGGUUCUGUUUGCAUAGACAUCAAUGAGUGCGAUCACUCUUAUUGUGAUGAGAAAUGUAGGAACACAUUCGGAAGCUAUCUGUGCUUGUGCUCUCCCGGAAAAAGACUUCUAGACGGAUACAAGUGCGUCAAAAUCGAUGAUGAUGACACAGACGCAGGAGGAGAGGGCUCCGGGAUGACCACGCAGCCAAGCGUCCCCACACAUCCGAACAUCCACUCUUCACCUGGUCCUACUCUUCAGCCCUCCUCUGCGGUGACAGUGGGGGGUCUUGUGGCAAUAAUAGUUUGCACGGUGCUUUUUCUCGUGGUGGUGGUUUUUCUGGCCCAUCACAUGCUGAGCCGCAGAGGGAAGAUGGAGAGUGCACUCAAAGCGACAGAGGAAGAGGCCCACGGCUUACGCCAGGUGACUAGUGAUAAUUGAUAGACAUAGACAUUUGUUUAGAAACAGAAAUCUAUUUUCAGAGACAGUUCGUGCUCGACAUGUGAAUGUACAGGUGAACGCUCUAAAACAGAACAGUGUUUUGGAGGGUACAGGUUUCGCAGGUGCGAUAUUAGUAUACUGAUGCUAUGAAGGAUAAGGAUAAGGAUAAGGAUACAUACGAUACAUAUUACACAUACAUCACCAUUUUCCUUAAGGAAAGGUAUCCUCUACCUUUGAAGACUGCUUUCAGUUAAUGUUCUGAUAACACACACACACGACACAUGCCGUGUAAUGAAAACGACGAAGAACUUGAACUUUUUUUUUUUUAAAGAUGAUGCUGGGAUAUCAAUAAUAAUAAUUAAAAAAAAUUAAAGAAAAAAAUAAGAAAAUGGUGUCUGUUCUUUGACCGUUGUUGUUGUUGUUUAAGCUGGCUGCGCCACCAUGUGGAGAAAAAAAUAAAUUACAAGUGGACGAGAUGGGACAACAUCCUGUCCACGUGUAAUUAAUUUUUUUAUGUACAUCAGCCACAACAUUAAAACCACUGACGGGAGAAGGAAAUGACACUGACCGUCUUGUGACAAUUCAAUGUUCUGAUGGUAAACCUUUGGACUCGAUAUUCGCGUGGAUGCACCAAACAGAAAUAAAGCAUAAAAACUCAAGAACAAAACAAUGCCAUCAAAUAAAAUUUAAUUUAAAAGUAUAUCGAAGCAUCAGUGGUCAGUGAGGAAAACUGAGUUAUGUUAAUACAGGAAAAUCUGCCUAAUGUGUCAAAAAUAUUUUAAACUGCAGAAAAUGUAAUUCAUUCGACCCUAGGCAUCAAAUGGAUUUGUGCCAUCUGCAUUUCACUGUAAUGACAAUAAAGAUAAUAAAGAUA